CAUGAAUCCUGUUUAUAGCCCUGGAUCUUCUGGGGUUCCCUAUGCAAAUGCCAAAGGAAUUGGUUAUCCAGCCAGUUUUCCCAUGGGCUACGCAGCAGCAGCUCCUGCCUAUUCUCCUAACAUGUACCCUGGAGCGAAUCCUACCUUCCAGACAGUGGAGCCCGGAGGGCCCUGCCGAUCCAAGUGCCUGCGGGCCAAGGCGGGUGCAGGCGCCGCGCUCGCCACGGUGGUGCAGCCCAACGGCCUGCCGGCGACGGUGUACCCCGCGCCCAUCGCCCCGCCCAGAGGCAACGGGGUCACCAUGGGCAUGGUGGCUGGGACGACGAUGGCCAUGUCCGCAGGUGCCCUGCUGACUGCUCACUCUCCGACUCCUGUUGCCCCCCACCCAGUCACUGUGCCCACCUACCGGGCCCCAGGAACACCCACCUACAGCUACGUGCCCCCGCAGUGGUGAUCGCCUGCAGAUGUGUGCGGACGGAGCCGUGCAAGACAUCACUGGGGUUCCACAGCUGGUGCUGCAGGCCUCGCGCCUCCAACCAGGACUUUCUUCUUAAUGCUCUCGACACUUAGCUAAGCGUGACUACAGCCCGGCCCAGCAGGUCCCAGCGCCGUUAGUCUCCAGCUAACGCUGUGGGUUGGUCUUAAGCACAUCCUGUGGUGUGGACUGCCUGGCAAUUCUCUAGCUAACUGUAAUGAUAACAGGGAGUAGUAAUCUAUCCUGAAUCCUCUCUAGUUGAAUGCAUGUUUAAAAAAACAAACACAGAAACAAAGCUUGCUCAAUCUACCUGCAGUGACUGAUGCAAAACCAUCCUAUGCAAAGCUCAAAGGAAUGGAAACGUGUUUCACAGCUUGUGUCACCAAUGCACUGUCGUAAUUAUGCAAAGUCUUCAAGUUGCAUGUUAGAGUGAGUUGCUUCAUAGAGCAUCAGAAGUCUCUUCGAGGUUCUUCAGCCCUGUGGGGUUGGUGUGCUUGCCAGGGAGGGACAAGGGCUUCCGGGUUUCAGCGGCCUGUUUCCUUGGCACUGACGACACCGGGAGGGAGUUGCAGGGAUGGGGAGAGGAGGGAGGUCACAGCUGCUCAGGCGUGGCUGGCCAGUGGGCAUCCCUUCUGACACGGCCUGUCGGUCCGUGGAACCAGGACGUGCUUAAGCAUCAUCGUGAAAGAUGAGAGUAGUGUGGCCAGUACAGUUUGGGGCGAGGGGGUGGUUUAUGUAUCAGCAAAGCAAUUUUCUCUACCUAAAUUUUCAUUAUUCUCUUACAGAGAGAGAUGAUGUUUUAUAUAUCUUUAUUGGAAACGUCCUCUGUCAAACUAAAAUCAUUUUCCUUGAACGGAAGAUAUGUGAAAGAGAAACAGCCACGCUUGGAGGAGGUAUUGUCCUCUGCUCUAUUUAGCUUAGAAAAUCAUUCCACUUUUUUUUCCUGAAAAUGUUUAAAUCCGCUGAAAACACGUAGGCAGUGCUGUUUUUCCCCUUGCAAGGAAGGGCAAGAAUUUCAGCUAUAUGUCAUGAAGAAAGUUGUAUAUUUAAUAUGAAGAGGGAUUAAAAGGGAACAAAAGUCUAUUUAAAAUUCCUCGUGUUUCUUGUCGAAGGCAGGGCUGUGGCUACGUCUGGGAAGGUAACAGCCCGGAGCUUCUCCUGGGAUUGCCCCCCUGGUGAGGCCGGCUGGAGCGGACUCCUAGGGAUGGGACCAGGGGCAGCUGGGUCUGUGGCCGCGAAAGGCCUUCGACCCGUGCAAGCACAGAAAGCAGGAAGGGGCAGCACUGGAACACGUUCGAGUUUAAAACCUGGGUCUUGUACAUCGGACAUCAAGAUGGCUCUUGGGCCCAAAUACGCCCAACCUGUCCUGGUGAGAGUGUGCUCUCAGCGUGGGUGUGGGGCAGGGGGUGAGGGCUCGCUCCCUCUCAGCAGCCUGUUGGGCGGGGGGGGCACUCUUCCCGCCCUCUGGUAGUUUGGGGUGCUGGCUCUGGCCCAGGGGGGGCUCUGCUUGUCUGCCUCUGGCCGCGAGGCCUGUGCGCAUCUGCCUGCUGUGGGUGGGACACCUGACCACUGAGCCUUGGGUAACUUUAUUUUUUAUAGUGUAAGUACUCUUCAUAGUUUUCUUUUUCACAUCUUAUUUUAUAAGAAGUUUUGGAAUAUUUUUGCAUGGAUCAUUGUAAACAGAAGAUUCUUUAUUCCUAAUGUCUAUUAACAUAGAAUGUGUACUGAUAAGUACUUUAAAUUGCUUCCUGAGCACUUAACGUGUGUGUGUGUAUGUGUGUGAAGUGCCAACUCUUUGGUGUAUGGUGUGCAGUGUCAGCAGGCUCCAUGGGCCGUGGGGCUCAGCUGAGUGCCCGAGAAGUCAUUUUCCCCUGCGGAGUGCCAGUAGAUGAGGAGAAGACACUUAGGACUUCAGUGUCUGUUUUUUAAAAAGCCCCCCACGAUGAAAAUGGAAACACACAUGCACACACACACACCCCCACACACCCUCCCCUGCCUAGAAGGUGGAAGUGGUUUGCAUUCAGGAGGAAGUGGCAGGAAGUUAUGGAUGUCUGUUCAGACUGGGCCCAGACAGGUGAGUGUUUUUACAGGAGCUGAAUUACAGAGUGAGGCGCGCACCCCUGUUUAUAUCCAUUUCAUAAACAUUUUUCUUCCUGUAGUUUUUUUUAACCUUUUUUCCCUUUUGUGAAGUUGAGAGACUUUGUGAAAUACUUUUGCAUUGUACAAUACAUCUGUGCAGAAGUCUUUCCAAUUUUUAACUGUCAGGGCAUUGGCUAUCAAAUAGGAUGAAAGGUAGAUCUUAUCUCUUAGGUAAGGCUCUAGACUUAGGAAUAGUGGCCAGACUGUCUGUCAUAGGUAGUAAUUUGCUUCCAGUAAAACUAAUUAAGGAGUAGAUAUGGGGUCAACAUUCUGUUACAAAGCUGCGUAAUUUGUCCCCAACCAUGUUGUGGCACGUUCUGAGAAGUUUUGGUGUGUGUGUGUGCGUGUGUGUGUGGCAUUCCUAAUUUGAGAGUCCUUCGGCUGAAAUACCGUUCUUUCAGAGGCUGAGACAGGCAAGUAAAGGACCUGCUUUCUGCAAGCAUGGCCGUCGUCAUGGACGUUUAAGACAAGGUCGUCCUCCACCUUCUCCCCCGAGGCUGGGAAGGUGUGUUCUGUCAGCGGUGGUGGCAGGUCUAGCUGGGGAUCUGACUGGGGGUUGAGCGUUUGGGGCUGAGGAAGGCCUCCUGAGCUUGCCACUUCUGGGAAGUGUAGGCUGGGUCAAGGCCAGGCAUGGAAUGGGCUUGGCGGCGCUUCCAGACCGCUUAUGUCUCUUGUGAGCAUCUUGCUGGUGGGUCAGUCGGCCUGCCAGCUGCUGUUCUGGAAACUGCCAAGGGCUGUGUGAGUGCAGUGUUGACAGGAGAUGAGAGAGGCCUGCGCCGGGCCUGGGUGCCUGGUCAGAGCGUCCUGUACUUCUCCAGCUGGCUGUCGUCUGGCUGUGCUUAGCGAGCCCAUGAGGUAAUAGGCACGUGUCUUUUGGGGGAAUGUCAGUCACGAGAGGAAACACAGCCUUGCAGCAGCAUGGAACGUACUGGCAUCUGGCCGUGCUGCUCCCCGGGUGUUUGAGCGUACCAGUGAACAGUGGAGGGAGACUGGCCUGUACCAGCCGUGUAGACACGGAGGCCUGCUUUAGGAGAUCCAGGCUGCUUUGCUUGUCCUUUUUAGACGUUGAAAACGGUAUUACUCUGACCAGUUGGGGCACCUUCUCAGUCGGCAGCUGGCAGUUGGACAUGCAGCCGCUGCCAGUCUGGGCAUUGCUCAGACAGGACAGGACCUCCGGGGGUGCGGCAGCACGGGGCAGGGGUGUGGCUGAGAUGGGCAGCCACAUCUGGUCCUUCUCUCUGGUGCUUUCUAAGGGAGUCUCGAGGAGUAUGGCUGGCUUAGGGGAGGCUGAGGCUGCAGCUCUCCUCUGCAGCCCCUCCCGUGCGGGGCCUUUCUCUCCUGUGCUUUCUCGAGUCUACCACAGCUGAGGGGGCAGGGCAUGGCCUUUUCUGGUCGGAGACUGGCCGCUGGUCCUGUGUGUGUUGCAGAGGGCUUCUUUCUUCCAUCUCCCCACUCAUGUAAAGAAUAGAGAGCUCGUGGGGAUAACUGUAUUUCAGCCCCGGGACUAGCAACACUGAGUCACUUGGAUGUGGAGACGCGGGGGCAUCUCUGUCCAGGGAACCCAGUGACCUUUAGGAGAGUAGUAUGUUUCCAGGCAUGGUGGGCAUGUCCUCUCAGUUUGUGCUGUACCUGCAGGUUCCUGUGCAGACUGACCAGUAGCUGGACUAUGGGCCAGACCUGAGGCCAGCUGCUUUGUGCUCCUGGCAGGGUCACUGGGCACACAGGCCCCAGGGAGCCUUAUGGCUUGUGACUGAAGACGAAACGGUUCCUUUUUUUUAAGUGAUUUUUAAAUACUGUUUUUUACACCUUUCUCUUGGUACUUUUUUUAAGCUAAGUCAACGUUGUCUUCCAGUGUUAAAAAGCAUCACUCACCUCUGCGUUGAACUCAUGUGUCCAUGCCAAGGAAUGGAGCAUCCUUCCUGAGCCAGUUCAAUUAGGUGUCAAUUCAUACUCUUAAUUUUUUAUGCAAUCUGAUGAGUAGAUGAGCUCAGAUUUAAAAUUCUCAAAAGCACGUUUAUUGUAACAAGAAUUGUUAUGUAUUAAUACUGCAGUUUUCAAUAAAGAUUGACUUGUGUUGCAUCUUC